GGCCAGCAGAAGACAAGGGCGCUGCCAAGGAGACAGGACCACCCACAGGACCCCAGGAGGGGCUGGCUGAUCAGGGCCUGGGAGCACAGCUCCGCUCUUGACAUCUCUGAGGAGACCCCCAGCUUCCUGCCCUCCCGGACCCAGCUGAUGGCCUCCGGAAGCUGUGCCUCUGAAAGUGUGCCAGCCUCCGAGGUUGCCUACUCCGGGGCUGCGGAAGGCACGGAUUCCUCUUGUUUGUUUAAAAAUGACUCUCAUUCCCAAAGGAAGUCAGACUUUCUAAACAACUCCACUUCCAGUGGUCUGGGCAAGACAUUUUCAUAGAUUGUUCUAACAUCUGUUGGGCAAUUCCAAAGCUCCGGAGGAAGCAGGUGUCUGUUCAUCAAUCCCUGACAGCCUCAUUGGGCAACAGCGUUGGGCAACCGGAAGUCCUUGGCCAACCUCUCAGCGGAGCCCAGGGAGUUUGGCUGUAAGGAUGGAAUUGGAUAGGAGCUCCUCCUCAACUCCCCAAGAAGAAGCCAUUUCCCCUCUUGGGGUACUUGGGGCUGAGCCCAGAAGUUCCCCACUAGGGAAGCUUCAAGCACUUCCCAUUGGGCCAGGCACUCACCGAGGGUCUCAUAGCAGCUCAGCCUCAGCAGGGGACAGCUCCUUGGGGGAGCCAAGUGGUGCUCUGAAGAUCCCCAACAGAGACAGUGGAAUUGACAGCCCAUCCUCCAGUGUGGCCAGUGAGAACUUCCCCUGCGAAGAGAGCAGCGAGGGCUCCCCAAGCCCUGCUGUCCUGAGGCUACACCCUGAGACAGCUGUGGACAGCCGGAUCCCACAGGACAACUCCCAGGAGGAGGAAGAUAGUGGCGUGGGUGAGGAGCCUGAUCCCAUGAUCACCCCGUCUAGGGCUAAGGAAGAUGUUGGCUUGGCUCAGUGCUCUGACCCUCAGAAGCUGCUCCAUAUUGCCCAGGAGCUCCUGCACACAGAGGAAGCCUACGUGAGGCGGCUGCACCUGCUGGACCAGGUUUUCUGUACAAAGCUGACAGAAGCAGGGAUCCCUCCGGAAGUCACCACCGGCAUCUUCUCUAACAUCUCCUCCAUCUAUCGCUUCCAUGGGCAGUUCCUCCUGCCUGAGCUGCAGAAGAGGAUCACAGAGGAGUGGGACACAAACCCUCGCCUCGGAGACAUCCUGCAGAAACUGGCUCCGUUCCUGAAGAUGUAUGGGGAGUACGUCAAGAAUUUUGACAGAGCAAUGGGGCUGGUGAGCACGUGGACCCAGCGUUCUCCACAGUUUAAGGAUGUCAUCCACGCCAUCCAGAAGCAGGAGGUGUGUGGGAACUUGACCCUGCAGCAUCACAUGCUGGAGCCUGUGCAGAGGGUCCCUCGCUAUGAGCUGCUGCUCAAGGACUACCUAAAGAGACUCCCCGGGGAUGCCCCAGACCGGAAGGAUGCCGAGCGGUCCCUGGAGCUCAUCUCCACAGCUGCUGACCACUCCAAUGCUGCCAUUAGGAAGAUGGAGAAAAUGCACAAGCUCUUAGAGGUGUAUGAGCAACUGGGUGGGGAAGAGGACAUCGUUAACCCAGCCAAUGAGCUGAUCAAGGAGGGCAACAUCCAGAAGUUAUCAGCCAAAAAUGGUACCACUCAGGACAGACACCUCUUCCUGUUCAACAAUGUGAUGCUCUACUGUGUACCCAAACUAAGGCUCAUGGGACAGAAGUUCAGUGUACGGGAGAAAAUGGACAUCUCUGAUCUCCAGGUGCAAGAUAUUGUGAAACCAAAUGCAGGUCGCACAUUCAUCAUAACAGGAAGAAAAAGGUCCCUGGAGCUUCAGACUCGGACAGAAGAUGAGAAGAAAGAAUGGAUUCAGGUUAUUCAGGCCACUGUGGAGAAGCACAGACAGAAGAGUGAGACCUUCAGGGCCUUCAGCGGUGCCUGUAGCCAGGAUGAGGAGCCCAGCCUGUCUCCAGAGCAGCCUGUCACAAGUGCCAGCUCUGUGGAACCUACAGGGGUGACCGACGGCAAUGGGGGUGCUCCUGGGAUUGAGUCCAGAAAGUCAUCCUCUAAAACAAGACGGGACAAAGAGAAGCCCGGGUGCAAGAGUUGUGGUGAGACCUUCAACUCCAUCACCAAGAGGAGGUAUCGAUGCAAACUGUGUGGAGAAGUCAUCUGUAGGAAGUGCUCCGAGUUCAAGGCAGAGAACAGUAAGCAGAGCCGUGUCUGCCGAGCGUGCUUCCUGGAAGAGCCCCUGGUCCCUACGAGCCCCAGCUCUGAGACUCCCACCGAGCUCAAACGGAGCGCAGAGAAGCCUUCCUCUGUGGAUCCUCGGCCCAGCCUGCUCUGUGGUACCCUGAAUCUGUCAGACAAUGGUACGGCUUGGAGUGAAGUGUGGGCAGCCAUCCCUGAGUCAGAUCCCCAGGUGCUAGACCUGCUGGCAGGCAGCCAGGCUGGCAGACUGCUGCAGAGCAUCCCACUCUCUGGCUGUACGAUAACGGUGCCUGACCCUGAGGAGGGGCUGGAGGCAGGCUGUGUGUGGAAGCUGCAUCAGGGUUCACAGACCUGGUGGCUGAGCGCCCCCUCCACAACGCUGCAGCAGCGCUGGCUGAAAGCCUUGAGCACUGCUACACGUGGGGACACAGCUGGGGACAGACCAGGGGCCUCCCAGCCCCAGGCCCCAGCAGGCACAGACACGCCAUGAGCAGAGCCUCCUACUGUCCUUCCCACUACUGUAUUUGGCCUGCGUUCUUUUAUGGGUGACCUUAGAGGUCGAGUGAAGGGAUGAAGAACUCCUGUGACCGCUGAGGAUGGACCAAGUGGCCCAGAGACGAGUAGCUAUGGGUCCGAGGUCACUCGGCAAGCCUUAGACAAGAGUUGGGCUUCUGGCUCCAGCGUCAGCAUUGUGGUGAGAGCAUGGGGAACGGUCACUACAAAGCAAAUGUCACCUGAGAGGGCUGAGUGAUGACACCAUCCCUUAAAGGCACAAGGAGACCAGGUGGGCACUGUCCGGGGGUGAUCAUGUCCAACCUGGUGUGACGUCACUAUGGAAAAGGCAAAGCUGUCUGUACCCUGACGUGGUCUUUGUCCAUCUAUCCACUGGGUGACCUGGACCACAACCUGCUCCUCUGGGCUUCACUUCUAUGCCGCCCUCUCCUGAAGCAAUAAUUGUCCGCUAUUCCUGCUGAGCCUGUGAGGGCAAGGAGCAAAGGCUUCCUUAUGCCACCAUUCCCAGAGUCCCUGUGUGACAGGUUUGUGAGGUUUCAGACUGAUCCCUCUGUGGGUACCAUGCUUGUCAGUAUAAAUAAAUGUUGGCUGUCAGCAAGUGA